UUAAACAACCAUUGGCUUAUUGAAUCAGAGGAAGUUGACUUUUCUUCCUCAGGAAACUUGCUUGAUUUGGGUAGCCCAUUUUGCUAUAGGGACUGAUCUGGAUGGUGUCUGUUCUAAAAGUACAGAACUAACCUGUCCUGGUGCUGUGGUAUCAGAGGGGGUCCGGUUUUGGUCGGUCCGGAGGGGAUGGACACCUUUCUGACCUCAUUUGGACUGAUGCUCCUGUGUGUCCAAUGCUCAGCUCAGAGACUCUCUCCGACCGGGAAAAACGUCUGCUUCAGUGUCAGGGAUUAUUCUACCAUAUGUUGUUUAGGAUGGGGCCAGAACGGUGAAGAAUGCACUGUUGCCCUCUGUGAGGGAGAAAGGGCCUGCCUGCAGGAUGAAGUGUGUGUUUAUCCUGGACUUUGUCGAUGUAAACCUGGGUUUUACGGGUACAAGUGCAAAACACCUUGUCCUCCUGAAUUUUGGGGGCCGGAUUGUCGAGAGCUCUGUCCCUGUCACCCUCAUGGGCUCUGUGAUCCAGUCACUGGUGAGUGCUCAUGCCUACCCAACCGCUGGGGGAACCUGUGCCAAAACAGCUGCAAAUGUGGACACCAUGGAAAAUGUGACCCUGUCAAUGGCAACUGCACCUGUGAGGAAGGCUGGUGGAUGCCCACUUGCUCCAAACCCUGUCAGUGCCACCUUGCAACAUCCACUUGUGAUCAAGCCACGGGGCGCUGUCUGUGUGCCAAAGGCUACUGGGGCCAAAAGUGCAGACUGCAAUGCAACUGCUAUGUGUCCCCUUGCCAGCAGCGCACAGGGGCCUGUCAGUGCCUGCAUGGCUGGUGGGGCCCGUACUGUGAUCGCCGUUGCAUUUGUAAUUUUAGCCAUGCUGACUGUGACGUGCAAACUGGCACCUGUCUGUGCUACCCAGGUUACAAAGAGCCUUUUUGCAAUGAGCCUUGUGACAGUGGAAAGUAUGGUGAAGGUUGUAGGAGAAGCUGUGGACACUGUGAAGGAGGCCGGUCUUGCUCUAAACAGGACGGCCUGUGUGAUGCCUGUGCACCAGGGUGGAAUGGCACUCGCUGUGACCAGCCGUGUCCUGCAGGUUAUUAUGGCCAUCUCUGCCAAGAGGUUUGUCCGCGUUGCAGAAAAAUGGACCCAUGUGACACAGAAACCGGAGCAUGCUUACACUGUGAUCCUGGUUGGACUGGAACAAGAUGUGACAAACCCUGCACUGAUGGUACAUAUGGAGAUGGCUGUCAUUUCCUGUGUAAAACCUGCCAUCACGGCCACUGUGACCCUGUGACAGGAAGUUGCAUUUGUCUUCCUGGCUUCCAGGGUGAGAGCUGUAACAGCACAUGUCCUCCUAACCUUUAUGGCAUCAACUGCUCCGCCACAUGUCACUGUGGGAAGAUUCAUGCCUGUCAUCCAGCCACAGGGGCUUGUCCAAACAGUAGCAGGGCAGGUCUCUUAGCAGGGCUUUUGAUUCCCUUGUGCAUUUUAAUACUUGCCUUGUUGUUCUGCUGCUGCUGCUGUUGUGGGCGGCCUGUCGAAGGGAAGGAUGGAGUGGCGGUUGGAGAUGGCAGUCCUGCGGUUCGCAUGAAGCAUCAUGUUUAUACUGUGCUGGCCAACAUGGGUUCAGCAAUGCCGUGCAGUACUCUUUGGUCAUCUGGUUUGCCUAGGGUUACAGUCUCUCAUCAUGAUCCUGAGCUCACAUUUAACCACAGCUUCAUUGAGCAGCCAUCGUCCGGCUGGGUGAUUGAUUCAUUUGAAACUGAUGAUAAAGGAGAGGCCAUCUACUGUGAACCAACCAGGGAAGAUGUUCUUACUGUGGCUGGUGGAGAGCUUCAGGAGCUGAGCUCUAAGUGUAACUUCUUCCCUGACCCAUCAACCUUUAGCAGUGACGACAUGUCACAGGAUUUUGGUAUCCCUCGUACUUCCAGCAUCGCCAAAUCCAAACGCCCUUCAGUCUCUUUCGCAGAGGGCACAAAGUUCAGUUCUAAAGAGCACCGCAACUCGACUCAAGACCUGCCAGGAACAAGUCGGAGACCCAAGGCCUGGGGCGUGCUGAUGAUCUCUGCCCUGCAAGGAGGACAGGGAAACCACAGUGAAAAAGAAACAGAAAAAGGAGAGAAAAACAACGAGGAGACCAUGUCCUCUGAGGAGCAAGCAGCUGCAUCUGAAACAACACAAACUGACUCAGAAAGAGACAGUCCUGGCCUGAUAAGAACUCCGCUUACUAUGCCCAGUGGGAGACAACGUACACUUUCCAAUACCAGGAAGAAUGCCCAACCAUCUGAUAGCGGCCAGGAUUCAGAUUCAGAGAAGUUAACAACUUUAUAUGUAACUGUGGGUAAGACCCAAAAGAUGACUAAGCAAGAGCCCCCCUCAGAAGGGCCUGUUCAGCCCAGAGGAAGGGGGCAGGUGAUCGCCAAGCCACCGCGGAGGAAACUGGGAGCACAGGCCAGUGCGUGUGAGCAAACUACAGGGUCAAACCAGUCAGAGGUGGUCAUGAGGAAACCUAGCCGCAGGAAGCACAACUUCCUCAGCUCUCCCUGCACAGCGGGGGCAACAGACUUUCCUCAGGAGAACUGCACCCCCAACAGGCCAUUAUCCUUCAAUUUAAAAAGUGUUCCAGAGAGUGAUACACUCCAUAGUUUGGUGGAACAAGACACUGGAGAAGUUUGUGAGAAAGACAUCUUGACAGAGCACGCUUACGAGACUGUGGCUCUGUCUGAUUCGGUCUCCACAUCUUCAGAGAUUAUUAUUAAUGAGAUUGUUGUGGACCAAGCAGAAAAUGAGCAAAAUUAUGAGAAUGUUUAUGUAAAGCAUUCAUAAUAUUCCUGAAUCUUAAAGUUUAUGAUUUAAAGGGCAAUAGGUUUUGUUUUUAGUACUGUAUGUAGGUUUUGUAUAAACUGCAUAAACAUAUAUUAUCUACAUAGAAAGCAUUUUUGUAUAUUCCCUAUAAUAGUUUAUAUUAAAAUGUUACUUGACUUUU